UGCGGGGUGCUCUUUAGGAGUACUGGGGUGCGGGUAUCUGGGUAUUAUAAUGUAAGGUGGGCGUUUGUUGGCCUGGGAAGCUUGUUUAAGGUGGAUAGACAGGAUCCCCCCUCCCCCCGCGCGGUCUGAGGAGUGGACCCGUCCGCACGUCCGCUCUCUCUUCUCCGAGGCUCCUUGGCGAAAGGCUCUGAAGACUCUGAUAAAAAAAAGACCUGAAACCCCGAGAGCUCACACUAGCUGUCUGUAACUUUGGCUGUUCUGUUGCUCAGUAUUAAAGAUCAUGCCUCAGAGAAGUCCAGUAAAUGCUGGUGUGGACCAGACCAUCGCUGGCCAGUCAGACUACAAGUCUACGAUCCGCUUGUCCAGUGCAGUCAUGCAAGGCCUGCGUUCAGAAUGUGCUGCAGUGUGGUUUGAUCGUAGCAUGUACGAGAGAGCAGAGAGCCGUUACUACGUCAAGAUGCAAGAACGUCAGAAUGGGACCACUGCCCCUGCAAGCUCCAAAAGCAACCAAAAAAACUGCUCCCAUGACGGACAGGAGGCCUGUCACCAUGUAGUUCACACUGUCUGGGUGAAUAAGCCCAUCUUUGACCAGGCUGAAAGCAGUUUUGUAGCCCAGAAUCCCAAGCAGCCAAAUUCAGUGACCACUCCCAGUUCUCUUCAACUGUUAAACAAUAGCCCCUCUUCCAAUACACUGUAUGAUGAAGGCUAUCUCUCACAAACCCCAACACCCGCCACUCCGGCCUCAAGGCCAAUCAACGGCCUGCCUUUUCUUCCUGCACCACUUCAUGGGGUAUGGCUUCAGAAGCCUCUGUAUGAUCGGGCAGAGGCAGCAUUCUAUCAGAACCUGUGCUGUCAGAAUAAGCCCCAUUGCAAGCUUACUGGAACCAGUGAUUGCCAAGCAAACCUCAAGAAUGUGAAUGGCACCGGUGCCAGUGAAACCAAACCUGAUUUGGCACAGCAGCAGAAACGUCGUGCCAGCGGCGGUCGCUCCAACGGCGGUCACACCAACGGUGGUCGCACCAACAACGUUCGCUCCAAUGGCGGUCGCUCCAACGUUGUCAAGAAAGAAGGCGAUGAAACCUGGUGUCACUUUCUGCAUGCAGACAGUGAGAGGGUGUGGCUAGACCGCAGCCGCUAUUUGGAGGCAGAGGCUAAUUUCCACAAGGCUGUUGCUACCGGAACUAGCCAGAUCACCACAACCUUCUUUAGCACGUCUCUAAAAAUGACUGGAGUGGACUAUUUGGCCCAGGAGAGAAUAUGGUUUGACAAGCCACGCUAUGAUGAGGCUGAGCGAAAGUUCUAUGAAAGGAUGAAUGGCCCUACAGCACCCACACAGGACUCUGGAGCCAACAGCAUUCUCCAGGACAUCGCCAGAGCACGAGAGAACAUUCAGAAGUCUCUUGCUGGGUUGAAGAUGACCUUGCAGCCAACUAGAGGCUCUGCCCAUAAAUCUGUAAACUCCUCUCACACCUCCACUACCUCAGGAAGCGGCGGUGCUGACCAGGGAGAACUUAUUGCACGUAUGAAGAACCUGGAGCUAGAGAACCAGAGUCUACACAAAGUGGUGGAGGAAUUGCGUGCAGCUCUCUCCAAACUGGAGAGUCGAGUCUCUGUCCUGGAAAAGAAAUCUGCACCUAACGCAGCACCAGUGGUUAAUGGAACUUCUAAUAAAGCCACUCCACCUCCCCAGAAAACAUCUGCUCCAACAAAAGACGAUGAUGAAGAGGAUGACGAUGAUGUUGACCUGUUUGGUAGUGACGAUGAGGUGGACGAAGAGGCAGAACGAUUGAAAGAGCAGCGGCUGCAGGAAUACGCCGCCAGAAAGGCCAAAAAGCCUGCUCUUAUCGCCAAAUCCUCCAUCCUGUUGGAUGUCAAACCUUGGGAUGACGAGACUGACAUGGCAAAACUAGAAGAGUGUGUGAGGUCGGUACAGGUCGAUGGAUUGCUAUGGGGAGCCUCUAAGCUGGUACCUGUUGGUUACGGUAUUAAGAAGUUGCAGAUUAAUUGUGUGGUGGAGGAUGACAAGGUGGGAACGGACCUGCUGGAAGAAGAAAUCACCAAAUUUGAAGACUAUGUCCAGAGUGUGGAUGUAGCAGCUUUCAAUAAGAUUUAAUGCACUCAACUCUCACUCAUUUACUCAUGCACUACUGCUACUUGUAAAUUGACAGUUAAUAAUAAAGACAUCUGACUGCA